AUGACUCCGGACUUCUUUAUGCCAGCUUGCGAAGCGCUUGUUCUAAGUGUAUAUGUGCUUGCAGCUACCAAUCGAGUUGAUCUGAUUGAUCAUGCCUUAUUGCGGCCGGGGCGUUUCGACUAUGUUGUAAAAUGUGGAUUACCCAACAAGGAGAGCCGAAAAACAAUUCUGAACGUAUGUUGUCGCGAGAUGUGUUUGGAAGAAGACGCAGAUUUGGAGGCAGUAGCAAUGAAAACAGAUGGCUGGACAGGUGCCGAUUUGAAAGGAUUGAUAACAAAUGCGCAACUGAUCGCAUACAGGCGGACACAAGGAGCAGUUGAUGGCGCGUAUAUGGAUUUCGAUGAAAAUGCAACAUUUUCUGUCAGUCAGGCGGAUCUUUUAAGCGCACUGGAAGAGUCACAACCGCAGCGACGCAGUUCUUCUGGUUCAAAACGAACAACUCGUGCACCAGCGGGAAUGCUCGCCACGCUGGCUUAG